AUGGGAACCCAGAAAUGUACAAUAUCUGGUUUUGUUGUUCUCUGUUUUGAGAAUUUGGUUAGAGCUUCCUAUUGUUUGAUUAAUUUGGCAAAGGAUAUGUACCGAGACGAAUACUCUAUCGGAUUUCAAUUUGAACAUUGUUGGAAGUUGUUGAAGAACUUGCCAAAAUGGAAGCAGUUGAAGCCAGUAGUGCCGAGAAAGAAAUCCAUAAGUCCUUCUCUUCAACCUGUGAUACAUCUAGGUGUUGACAAUGAUGAUGAAGAUGUUAUUGUAGACUUGGAGAGACCUAUAGGCAAGAAGGCCGCGAAAGAGAGAGAGAAAAAAAGAAAGAGCAAAGAUUGUGGAGAUAAAGAGAUUAUGAUGGAGGUUUUGGCUGAAUUAACAGAAGUGAAGAAAAGAUCGUAUGAGGAGAGAAUGAAAAAUAUUGAUACGGCAAAGGAAGAGAUUGUUCGUAUUGAGAAACAAAAGCUUGAGAUUGAACUUAGGAAAGAGGCAAGAGAACAAAAGAAAGAGGAAAGAGAAAUUAUGAUGAUGGAUACAAGCUACUUGUCAUCAAUUCAGCUUGAAUAUAUUCAAUCUCUCCAAAUGGAAAUCAUGCAGAAGCGUAGGACUACCUAG